GCACCUCCACAUGUUGAUUGCUGACUUCUCUAUGUACUCCUAAGACUUCAGAGAGACAACAAUCAAAUAAACCAGCAGAUCUGGAUUUAUGGAGCCUGGAUUACAGCUGAGGGAGGAUUCAGAUAUGUUUAUCUUAGAAAUGAAGCAGCUGUGAGAAAGCAGAAGGAGUCUGGUAAGAGGGAUUUGGUGAAUGUCUCUGUCCGUUACAGUCUCUCUUCACCAUGGCAGCAGCUCUGCCGAUGUGUUACCACGGAGCCAUCAGUAAGAGGGAGUGUGAGGAGCUGCUGGGGAAGAAGAACAAGGAUGGAGCUUAUCUGAUCCGAGACAGCGAGACCAUCCAGGGGGCCAUGUGUCUCUGUGUUUAUAAACAGAGGGUGGUGUAUACCUACAGACUGCUGCAGACACACACUGGAAACUAUACUCUCAUGGCUGCCGGAGGUAUGAAAGAGAUUUUUUUUAAGUCUUUGGAUGAGCUGGUCCGUCACUAUAAAAGGAAAAACCAGGGCCUGGCCGUGCACCUGCGGCACUCUGUGAAGAGGAAGACGGCUCUGUUGAUCCAGCCUCGACAUGCGCCUGAACCCUCGGCAUCACCGAGACAGCAUAGAGGGGUACCUGAAGAGGAUCAUGACUACGAGAAUGCUCCGGCCUCAGAGUAUGUUGAAGUCUUACCUCCAUGAGGACCUCCAAUCGUUAAUCAUCAAACUCAUGAGGAGACAUUUAAGAGGAAUAAGACUGAACUUUGGGAGAUGUUCCCUGACUGGAUCAAAUCAGGGAUGAGAAAUAAGGACAAAUGGACAGAAGAACAAUGCUCCUCAUCUACUUUUCCUCCUCAUAAACUCUAUGUUCCUGUUUUGUCAGUUGUUGGAAAACUGUCCUCAAAAGGAAACAUCCCAACAAAACUUCGCAAGGAUGGGCAUGAAAGCUCUAGUGAACUGGAGAGAAUGAUGCAUCUUUGAUAUUUUUUUACUGUUUUUACACACCUGCAGAAAAGAUACCACAGCUACUGGUGCUUCUUAGACAGUUUAGCAUGCUAACACAAUAUGGAGUUAUGUCAAAUGCUCUCUUGAGUUUACUGAGGAUAAAUUAUCUAAGAAUGUGUCUGACCAGGAAAGUUCUGUUGAAGAGCUCCUCAGAUCUGAAAGUUUCCAAAAGUUUCUGUAAUUAACUUACACUCAAAUGUAAUGAUGGUUAACCUUUUUUUAGACAGAUUUAAAGAACAACAUAAAGGUUUUUUUUUUGGUUGGACAAUAGCAUUCAGCUGCCUGACCAUUGCACCAGCAGGAACUGCAAUGACAUUGUAUUCAAAUCCAUGUACUCUAAUAUGGAGCUAGCUCCCCUUUUGUAACUAUAACAGCCUCCACUCCUCUUGGAAGCCUUUCCACAAAAUUUUUGGAGUCUUUCUGAGGGAAUUCGUGCCCAUUCAUUCUGUAGAGCAUUUAUGAGGCCAGGCUCUGAUGUUGGACGAGAAGACCUGGCUCACAAUCUCCAUUCCAGUGCAUCCCAAAGGUGCUGGAUGGGGUUGAGGUCAGGACUCUAUGUGGGCCAGACAAGCUCUUCCACACUGAACUAAUCAAACCAUGUCUUUAUAGUCCUUCUUUGUGCACUGAAGCACAGUCAUGCUUGAAUAAAAAAGGGCCUUCCUCAAACUGUUGCCACACAGUUGGAAGCAUAGCAUUGUCCAGAAUGUCUUGGAAUGUUAAAGCAUUAAGAUUGGCCUUCACUGGAGAAAAGGGGGGGGGGGGGACAGCCCCAUACCAUUAUCCCUCCUCCACCAAUCCUCACAUUUGGCACAAUGCAGUCAGGCAGGCAAUGUUUGCCAGCAUCCGCCCCACCCAGACUCAUCCAUCUGACUUCCAAACAGAGAAGCGUGAUUCAUCACUCCACAGAACGCUUUUCCACUGCGUCACAGUUCAAAGUUGGUGUGCUUUACACCACUCCAUCCGAUGCUUGUCAUUGCGCUGGGUGAUGUAGCUGCACAGCCAAGGAAACCACAGUUUUAGUGUUAACAUUAAAAGGAAGUUCAGAACUCUUAAAGCUUUUAUUUUGUCAACUAAGCAAAAAGUUGGCGACUUUUACACUCCAUUCAUCUUUGCAGUAGUUGACCCUGCUCUGUAAAUGUAUGUGGUCUUCCACUGUGGUGUUUCUGUUGUUCUCAAACUCUUCCACUUUUUAAUAAUGUCACUUCUAGUUGACUGUGGAACAUCCAGCAAGGAUGAAAUUUCAAAAAACCCUCUUCUUGCAAAGGUGGCAUCCAUCACAGUACCACGCUUGAAGUCACUGAGCUCUUCAGAACGUCCCAUUUAGGAUCACAGAUGUUUGAGAAUGGAGGCUGCAUGGCUGGAUGAUGAUUUUAUACACCUGCGGUGACAGGUCUGUGCAUUAAUAUGAGUGUUUUACAGUUAUAUUACAACUUGUCUCCUGUUGACAUUACUAGUGAUUACCCAGUGACCAGACCAGCCAUGGGGCUUGUGGUCCAUGCAUGAUUAUAUUUUUGAGUAGGAGCAUACUGGCUACAUACACAGGCAUCUGUGAAGGGUUCAGAGCUAGACGGACCACAAUAUAUUAUGUCAUAAAUUUAGUGCAGAAGUAUGAAUUAAGCCUCCUCAUAUGGUGUAAAAUCUGUACAGUCAAGUACAAAUUUUAUUAUCUAAUGCAAGCCACAUUUCAUAUUAUCUUUUUAGUUUGUUGUGGGCCAAGUGAAAGUGAACUAUAAGCCAUUUUUAGCUUAUGGGCCAUAGUUUGGCCAUCCCUGAUUGAAACUGUGUAAAAACACAGCACAAUAAGAUAUGGGAGCUAAAUAUUUAAGCAGUUGACUGAUUGUCGCCUGAUCUUGACUGUCUACAUUCUCUGCCCUGAACUUCUUCUUUCUUGGAAACUUUAAGCUUGUGAAGUGCUAAAAAAAGAUGAGAGGGUCAAACUGAGACCAAGUUUUUGAUGUUCAUGUGGUUCAUGUUUGUCCAUGCUUGCAAAGAGACCAGUACAUGCUCAAUACAUACUACCGCUUUUCAAACCACCGCACAUCCUGCAUCUUCUUCACAUGCUGCUGUCACUUAGUUUUUUUUUUAAAGCAUUGCAUAACCAGAAGGGUAUCCUUUUUGGACCAUCAUUUUGUUUUCUUUGAAGAUUUAUAAGUGUUGCAUUUUUUAAUCACAUGCAUUUUCCUGUCUGGUUUAUGUUUUGGCAUCCUUUGACCCAGCACCAAAAAUAAAACAUCAAAGACAAAUAAACGCGGAAAAAGUCUGUGGUGGGUUUUGAGAGUAUACGCAUGGUCUAACCACAGUUUCCACACAGACAAAGCAGCAGCUAAAACACACAGACAAGGACCAUAGUGGGCCAUAAUGAAAAGCGCU